AUGGCUCUUCCCGAUCAUUGGCCACAUGGGUAUCUGCACAUCGACUGGAGUCAUUCGGGACUUCGCGGGGCCGUACUUUGUCUCAGAAGACAACAUGGCAUUUGGGAAGCCAGUGAAGUAUUGGAAACUGGAUCCCAGCAAAGUAUACUCCACUGGUCCCAAUGCUUGGGACACGGCCGUGCACGAUGCCUCGGAGGAGUACAAGCACCGAAUGCACAACCUUUGCUGUGAUAACUGCCAUUCUCACGUGGCUCUGGCCUUAAACUUGAUGAGAUACGAUAACAGCACCUCCUGGAACAUGGUGAAACUCUGCUUCUUCUCACUCCUGUAUGGGAAGUAUGUAAGCAUAGGGGGAUUUGUGAAGACCUGGCUUCCCUUUGUCCUCUUCUUGGGGGUGAUCGUGACUGUUGUUCUGACGCUUCAUUUGCGGUGAUGGCAGCUGUGAACUCACCAUUCCGUGGGCACACGAAGGAAGAAACUGUGACUGAUCCAGCGAGGUGGAGGCAUGGGACUCUGGGAGGCAUUUUCUGGGGAAGGUGGCAACUCCACUCCAUUGUAACAGCUCAUCUUCGUUUCCUGGAACUGGCUUCUUUCCCUUCUGUUUUUGUUCUGUCGAUGGCGUCUCCCAAUGUCAGGGGUCCUGAAGCCUCCUGCUCGCUCCC